AUAGGAAAAACCGUAUGUGCCUCUCGACUCUUUUGUGCAUUCUAGGUUAGAAUGGAAACAUAUUGUUGCAGUAAUGGGAUUGAUAGAAUAAGCUCAUUGCCCGUUGAUAUACUUCACAUCAUUCUUUCAAAUCUCUGUAUUUUUGAUGUGAUUCAUAUGACUGUAUUGUCCAAAAGAUGGAAAAACAUAUGCACUACCAUCCCCUACUUCCGCUUUGAUAGUAAUUUCUCUGAUUCAGAUCCAGAUUUUGAGGAAUUCAAAGAAUUUAUCGAUACCUUUUUAAUUUCCCAUAAAACGAUUAGCCUUGUCCGUUUUAUCCUCUCAUGUAGCAAUAUGUUUGAAAGCACAGAUAUAUUGCGUUUUAUUGAUGCAGCAACAAGAAGAAAUGUUGAACAACUUGUGUUGUGGUUUUCGCCUUGUGAGCCAUUUGAGUUACCGCAUUGUCUUGUAACUUGUGAAUCUUUACAUGUUUUGAAACUAAAUUUGUGUGGAUAUAUACUUAAACUGCCUAAUCAUAAUCAUUUGGGCGGAUUUCGUCAGCUGAAAUUGCUUCAUCUGUGCAAUGUUGAGUUAUUAGAUGGACAUUUGACAAGUUGCUUCUUCUCAGAAUGUCUACUCCUUGAAAAAUUGGAAUUAUGUGAUUGCAAUUUACAACAUAUGAACCUGCUUUAUAUUGCUUCGAAAUCUCUUUUAUACCUUACUUUUGAUGAGGGCAACUAUUAUGACAAUUGUGAAAUCAAAAUUUCUUGUCCUGCUCUCAAAUUCUUAACAUAUAAAUCUCCUAUGCCAAAGGAUAUAGUAAUCAACAAUCUCUUUUCAAUAGAACAUGUUAACAUCAAUUUUGAUGAUUAUGAUAGAAAUUGUGAUGAGAAAAUUGGAAUUCUUGUGCAUAAGAUGAUCAAGGAAGCCCCUUCUAUAUCACUUCUGAAACUAUGCAAGGCUUCUCUUAAGGGUUUGUAUAAAGAGGCUUGCCUCUCUCCCAUCUGCUUUAAUAAGCUCAAGUCCUUAAAACUGAAAUUGGGAGUUGAUGAAGAUUGUAUGCAAGUUAUGAUACGAUUGCUCAAGUAUUCGCCUAACCUCGAGGUUUUAAAAUUGUGGUGCGAUGAGGAUGGAGAAUGGAGGGAGAAUUAUUUAAAGUAUCAAGAAUGGUGUGACUAUUGGCAGGUACGGGAAGAUCAAGGCCGGGGGGAUAAGGUUUUACACCCGACCCCCCUUGGUAAAAAAUUACAAUGUACAUAUAAGAUGCAUGAUCCUGAAGAAAGCAUUGUGUGCUUGGACUCUCAUCUAAAAUCGAUUCAGUUGAUUGGUUUCAAAGAUGAAGAAAACGAGAUAGAACUAAUAAGGUUUUUUCUGAAGAAUGCACGGGUAUUGGAAAAAUUUAGGAUUGUUUGUGCUGGUUAUGCUCUGACAUCAGAAGAGGCAUCAAAGAAGGUUUUGAAUAUUCCUACAACUUCUUCACAAGUUCUUUUGACAUUUCACGAUGCCAAGCUCAAACGGUGGUCUGAUAACUGGUUGGAUAAUUGUUAGAUUUAGUCUUAUUGAAGAUCCAAGUGAGAACCAAAUUGUUGUUGAGGUUUAUGAAACUUGUAGUUCAUGUUUGACUGAAAUAGAGUACUUACUAGGACUACAUAGUAUAUAUGCCCAAUUUGGAAUUUGCAUUCUA